UGUCUUACUAUUGUGAUCUUUAAUUAAAAUUUAAUACUAAAUCUAGAAUGUGAUUCAUUUUUCUACUACAUAGCUAGCUUGGCACACCUAUGCUUUGAUGGAUGAUUACACUAGUUUGACAUUUCUUCUAUUUGUGGGGACGUUCACCAUAGCUGUAAAAGCCCAGCAGUUUACAAUUGAGCCCGAGUCAGUGGUACAAGCCGAGGGAUUAUUGGCAGAGUUUGAGUGCCUGUCUCCUGGAGCACUAACUCAUCCUUGGUUUGUGAAUGGCAUUGAGUCUACAAGCCCUGACUUCUCAUCUGAAAUCAAAGUAGCUGGAGGCACUUCAGGUCUUCCCUCAGUGUUAACUAUCCCAGCUAGCUUACAGUUCAACAGCAGUGUCGUUCAGUGUGCAGCCGUUUCAGUGACUGGUGGAGUCUUAUCAAGGAAUGCAACGUUGAAAGUUGAGCGUGUAUCUAUUGAAGUGCUGAAUGAUGAAACCAUUACCGUCUCUGUGACCAAUAACUUCACAAUAAAUAUCCUCUCCUAUCAUGUGGACAUCUUUCUCACUACUCUGGGCUCUAAUAAGAUGGUUACACUCCCUCCUCUAUAUGGGAUUCAAAAUCAAACACAGUUUAAUUACGGGCAACCUGAUAACCACACUGUCUGUGAUAUAUUCACCUUCACUGUGACUCCAAUUAGCGAGUCAGGAAUGGAAGGAAGAUCCAGUGAACCAGUAAUUUACUUCUUUACAGCAAUUAGAGAUAAUAACAAUGUCACUUCCCUCAUCAGUCAGGGAGGAAAUGUGUUGACGAAAAUAGUACAUCUCAGUGGUAUGGUACCCAACUGUACCAACUUCACCUCCUACCAAGUGACCUCUGACAUAUUGGCACCCAUCAAUAAGACCAUCGAAGACCCCCACAUGAUAAGUUUCUCUCUUCCCACUGACCAGAUAAUCAACAUCUCUGUGACACUUACUUCGAUCACGGGUGUACGUCUCAUAUUCAAGGACAUGCUAAUCAGAACAACUGAUGUUCAAAAUUUGAUUGUAGACGUUUGCCCUAAAGAAAACUGUGCAAGUAUUGAGUAUGUUGAAGGUACCCUCUCUCCCGGAGCUCUUCUCUGUGUGAUACGUAUCAUUGAUGGAGAGUUGGAUUUUCCAAGCACAAGACUAGUGCCAAUUCGACGGAAUAUGAGUGACAAUUUUACCAUCCCGGUGACUGUUAGUGGAAAUUACAGUGUGGUUGCAUUUGACCUUGAGAACAACAAUUUGAGUGUACCAAGAAUCCCCAUUUCUAUAGCGGCCAACGAUGAAACUAUAUUUUUGCUCAAUAAAUCUUCCACUGAACCAAAUUUUCCACCUAAUACUAAGGACAUCACUGUCACUAAACUAUCGAAUGGGAGUGCUGAAGUAACCUGCACUAUCACUGGCCAGAGUUGUCUAGCAUUGUUUCAAUCUACAAACUCUCCAACCUCUCUUGAUCCAAUGGUGAUGAUUGGUUUUAUUGAACCACCUAAUGACAGAACCACUGUCACUCUUGAUGCCACUUCCGAUAUUCAUGUGGUAGUGUACACUUGGAACAGUGAUUCUAGUGAGACAAUCUUUGAUGGGAAGGUAUCCUUCAUCAGUCCUCUCCCUACACGAGUACCUGACAGUACAGAGUUUGGAUCUCUGCCCAUACUAAUAGCAGGUAUCAUCACUGUGGCUGUGGUACUGCUUCUCCUGGUAGUCAUUGUAACUAUAGUAGCCGUAGUUAUUGUGAAGAGAAAACGAAGCCGUUUUACAGAAUCAAAUGGGAGAGUAGAUUGGUCAUCAACAUUUGCAGGAAUUGAGCAGCCCAACGAAGCUUAUGCUCCAGUACUUAAGAGGAACAUUGCCUAUGAGCAAACAAAGAAACCAUGGGGACAGAGGAUCGAUGACUCACAAGCCCCGGCAACAACAGAGGGAGAGUAUGCCAGCAUUGAGCCAGUUCAUGUGUACGAAGAUGUGUUGCCUCAGAGAAAAGCAAGUCGUAUUAACAUUAACUUAUAGUUUUGUACCAGAUUUUACCCCUUAUAACUAUUAAUUAACUUAUAAUUUUGUCCCACACAGUUGUGUAAUUGUACAAUGUCAAGGGGAUAUGAAGAGAAGAGGGCAUGCAAAUCACUAUUAU